UGGUGUUAACAGUUUACGAGUUGAAAAUAUUUUGUAAAGAAAUAAAAUUUAAAAAUGUGUUGCCCAAAUAUGAGAACGCUUAGCCUUAUUGUUGGCUGGAUACAUUUAAUAUUGGCUGUUAUUUUAGCCAUUUCCACGUUGAUAUAUUUGUGCACCUAUAACAAUCAAACCUAUGAGGAUACCAUUAUCGAAGAGAAAAUUUCCAAUACCGGCCUACCCACGUUGGUAUUUCUUUUCUUAUUUAGUGUGGCCAGUGUAAUAUUUGAUAUAAUGCUGCUGAAAGGAAUUUCAGAGGAACGACACAAGCUGAUGUCACCAUUUGUUUUUGGCAAUUAUGUGGCCUUGGGAAUCCAAACAUGCCUAACAGUUUACAAUGUUUUUAAAGACCUCAUUGAUUCAGCAACGUUUGGGGAUUUAAUGAUUCACUUGAUAUUGAAUUCGGUGACCUUGGGUAUUAUGAUAUUUUUCUUCUACCCCAUCUACCAAGUCUAUCAGCAGAUACGCUGGAACAGUGAGAAUCCCAUGCAGCCACAAUAUGACAACGCCGAAGCUGGAGUGAAGCCGAUCGAGUCGGCAAACAAUGGCAUUUAUGUUAAUUAAAUAUUUAGUUUUUAUUAACUUGUUCAAAAAUGUUUGUCUACAAUUUACUUUUUUUUCUAUAAAUAAUUGUUAUUUAUUAAAACAUAUAUAUCACAAAUAGUAUUUAUAUAUUAUUAAAAUUCCAAUGAAAACAAUUAAAUGUACUAUAUGUUGAGGUCAUCUAAGGUUUCUUUGAAAUUUUACCAAAAAUAUAUAUAUUUACAUAUAUGAAAUAAUACAAAACAAGUAGAAAGUUACCCAAAUAUUAAUUUGAUUUUA